GUCUGUUGUGUAGGGCUGUUUGCAUAGGGGCUAACGGAAAACAGACACAGUGGGCGGGGUCUCCGUGAGCACACGGGGUGGUGCCCGCAACGACGUCCGUACUGGACGGCGUGAGGGGGGGUUUCGAUCCUCUAGGGGGGUAUAAAAAGGGUUGAGCCAGAGAGCUCGGGGCUCAGUCUUAGAGUAGUUAAGUGAAGAGAGAAGACCGGCCAGAUAGGCCCUGGACUCCCCCUGGGACGCCGCCCUUGUAAGGGCAGUGCAGGCUGGAGCCAGUGGCGUGGUCCCGGAACCAGAGUCAGACCUCUGGGAUUCCGGGUACCGUAGCCCGACUGACCAGUGUCGGGCCAGACAGCCUCCCCUAGCCCGUUAGCGGAGGACUCGGCUAGGAAGGCUAGCUAGGGGUGAAUUCCCAGUUGUACGGGUGAGGGGGCCGAUACAUCCCUCCAGUAUUGUAAAGCCAUUGUGUAAAUAAAUACGUGUGCCUUACCCCGUUGUCCACGCGUCGUCAAGAACACUUCAUCUGGCGUCAGAAGAACCAAGAACAUGGACACGCGCCAAACAGCUCGAGCCAGGGAACAGCAGGCGGAAGACGCCGCCGAAAUUGUCGAGCCCGAGAUGGCUCUACUAGACGACGUGCAGCCGGGGCCGGACGCGCGCUUACCGGAGCGUCGCCAUGAAGAGGAGCAGCGGGGAGACAACCUGAGGCUGGCUCACGAGAGGCUGGCGGAACUGCUCUACGCCGCUGCCGCUACGCUGGAGAACAUCACACGGCUGGGGGCUGGUGGUCCACCGCGGGCCGAGGGGAACCGGCGUAUGGAGCGCCUUCCCGCCAUUUCUGAAGAUUUAAAUUUUGAAUUUCCCGCCAUCGACGCAGCGACCGCUAGGGGCGUGGCCAACCUCAACCUGGGGUCCGACAUCGGCCGCGCUGGGGCUGCCGCAUCAACGACGGAGGAGGGCGCGUCAUCAAAGCUGCGACAGGCGAUGCCAUCUGCCAUUCGCGCCGAGACGCAGCCGAGUCGGGGAGGCAGCAGCCCACGGGACUCCACGGCAACCGCUGCACUACACCAAAGGCUGCCCCCGCUUAAAGAAUUCGUGGGCGCAGAGGGCGACUGGAGCGGCUUCCGAAGACGCUUCCUCGCCCACCAAGAAAUGGCUAAAUGGACAGACGAAGAAGCUCUCAGCGCCCUGCCGGCGCUCCUGGACGGCGACGCGCUUGCCGCCCUAACAUCGGCACCAAAGGAAAAGCGCUCUACGUUACCGAUGGCGCUGCAGCUGCUGGGAGGAGUCUACGGACCAUCGGCGGAAUGCAGACAGGAGUUCUACGACCGCAAGCGGGGAGAAAAGGAGUCGCCCCUAGCGUACCGAACGAGCCUCCUGGCGAUGGCCAAGUCGGCCUUCCCCCGGAUGGAUGACGACGGCAUCGACGCUAUGGUAACGGAGAAGAUACUCCUCCUGGCCGACGAUCUUGACAUUGCUGUCGUCGCACAGGAGGACGCGGAAAUGACAUCGCUCCAGGCGGCGCGGCUCCUCCACGCAAACCUCCUGUCGCUUCGGCGCAAAGCCAGCAGGGCAUCGGCGGGGCGUGCGGUGGCUGCAGCCACCCUUCCGACGGAGGAACUCUACGCCGUCGACCACCGACGGCAACAGGCGACGAGUGCACGGCCGGGCCAGGACGGGUCGGGCCGUUCCGACCAUUCGUCACCUCCGACGUCGCUCCCGCGGUGUUUUAACUGCGGCGUCCGGGGCCACGUCGCCUCGGGGUGCCGCUCUCCUCGUCAGCGCGGGACGACACCUCACCGGGACGACGGGCCUCAUCCCAAGCUCCACCAUCAAAAACCGGUGCAUCGAGACUGACGGGCUCACGCCCGACCACCCCUUCUGGGGAUACCAACAGUCACGAGGCAUCAGAGGAGGCCUCGCUCCCGGACGGACGAUUACCAUCUGACGGUCCGCCACCCGGGGUUUCCCCGUGUGAGGGGCCCGCCGCAAGGACACGCGCAAAAAUGCGCAGACUGUUGUGAAACCGCAAGGACACGCGCAAAAAUGCGCAGAUUGUUGUGAAACCGCAAGAUGUGUAGAUAUGUUGUGUUCAUUGUGUGUUGUGUGGGGGGGGUGUGUUCCCUGCCCAUUGAAUUCACAUACGUGGUGCUCACCUGCUGUUGUGUGUAUGGUGGCUUCGCUGCAAAUUGUAUAUAGUUUGUUCUUACGGUAUCCGUAUUUAUUCGGGGGGGGUGCGUCGGAUUGUUCCCUUUCGGGGUUGAGGGUUUUGUUGUUGUCAUUGUUGUUGUUGUUGUCGUUGUUGCUGUUGUUUCCUUCGUGUUAGUGUUAAAAAACGUUUUUUAAGGCACACGCGGGGGUCCAGGGGUUAAAUAACCUUUAUUGAAAGUUGUUGCAGCCGGGACGGCUGCGAGCUGUACAGGGGGAGGUGAUGUAGGGCUGUUACAGAGGGUCUGUUGUGUAGGGCUGUUUGCAUAGGGGCUAACGGAAAACAGACACAGUGGGCGGGGUCUCCGUGAGCACACGGGGUGGUGCCCGCAACGACGUCCGUACUGGACGGCGUGAGGGGGGGUUUCGAUCCUCUAGGGGGGUAUAAAAAGGGUUGAGCCAGAGAGCUCGGGGCUCAGUCUUAGAGUAGUUAAGUGAAGAGAGAAGACCGGCCAGAUAGGCCCUGGACUCCCCCUGGGACGCCGCCCUUGUAAGGGCAGUGCAGGCUGGAGCCAGUGGCGUGGUCCCGGAACCAGAGUCAGACCUCUGGGAUUCCGGGUACCGUAGCCCGACUGACCAGUGUCGGGCCAGACAGCCUCCCCUAGCCCGUUAGCGGAGGACUCGGCUAGGAAGGCUAGCUAGGGGUGAAUUCCCAGUUGUACGGGUGAGGGGGCCGAUACAUCCCUCCAGUAUUGUAAAGCCAUUGUGUAAAUAAAUACGUGUGCCUUA